AUGACUUCUAAAAGACAAUACAUUGUAUAUCCAAACAGGUCUUUCCAAAGGGAAAACCGUGCUGUCAACCUAAAUUUAAGGGGGAGGGUUAACUUUCCAUCAUCAAGUUGCAACUCAGAGAAUAACAUCACUUUCAGAAAGCCAGAAAACCGUGAAAUAACUCGAAACUGGAUUCUCUCUAUGCAUAAAAAUGCAGCCAAAGUUUCUGAAGUUGAAAUUUCAAUUCCUCCUAGUCUACACAAAUCCCUUACUGAUUCUAAAGAGUCUUUGAUUAGUUCAAUCAUGGAAGAAUGUGGUAAAGUCCAUAUUCAUUUUCCAAGUACCAAAUUGGGCCUUCAAAAAGUCAUUAUUAGAGGCCCUGCAGAAAAUGUUGAAAAGGCUAAGAAAAAAUUUCUGCAACUUGCAGAAGAACAAACCAAGAGUUAUUCUGUGGCUGUCCCUGUAAAGUCAAAGUAUCAUCAAUUUCUUAUGAGUGAAAAUGGUGGCAAUCUUCAUAAAAUCUGUGAGAAGACAGGGACACGUAUAAUUUUCCCUACCUUUAAGAACAAGAAUCAAGAAUCAGUAACAAUCAUAGGGACAGAAGAGGCUGUUAAAGAUGUGCAAAGAGAGGUAGAGGUUUUACUGAAAGAUCUGGAGAAUGUGGUAGAAGAUAGCAUACUAAUAAAUCCCAAAUUCCACAAUUACUUUGUCAUGCAAAGGGGACAGCUUUUACAAAAAAUAAUUAAGGAAAAUGGUGGAGUUUUUAUUAACUUUUCAUAUGCAGGAAAGGAGAGUACAAAAGUCACAAUAAAAGGAGCAAAGGCUUGUGUUGAAGCAGCGAAGAAACAUAUUCAAGAGAUAUUUAAGCCUUUGAGUUCCCAAGUCACAACACGGUGUGUUGUUCCCCCCAAAUUCCAUCCUUUUAUCAUGGGACCUAUAUGCUCUAGAAUGCAACAAAUUACAAGAGAUUUUAAAGUUCAAAUCAAGAUUCCAGAUGCAGAAAAACCAACUACAAAUACAUGUCUAGAGCUUCAAGAUACUGGAAAAGAAAAGGGGGAAAAGAACACUAAAGGGCCUGCUUCAACUUCUAAAAAAAAAGGUGACACUAUUUCAGGAAAAGCUGAAAACUGCAAGACAGCCACCCAAGCUCUGGAAUCUCUUGUUCCUGUCACUGCUGAAGUCCAAGUACCUUUUCACCUACAUCCAUACAUAAUUGGGCACAAAGGAAGUGGUUUACGCAAGCUAAUAAAGGAAUUUGAAGUUCAUACUCAGGUAGUACAACCCGGAGGAAAUUUUCAUAUCAUAUCCAUUACAGGCAUGGAAGCAAAUGUAGAGCAAGCCAAGAUGAAGUUGCAAAAACAAGUAAAAGCUUUACAAAUGGAAAUAGAUGACCAGACAUUACGAAAUUUUAGACAAACAUUCAGUUUAGAUCCCAAAUAUCAUUCCAAGAUCUUUGGUAAUAAAGGUAUGCUUAUUUCCCAGAUUUGCACAGAAUAUGAUGUUACUGUUCAUCAUCCAAAGAAAGGAAGCAAUCCAAUACAAGAUCAAAUUACCAUUUCAGGUUCUAAAGACAACAUCCUAGGAGCUCGAGAUGCAAUAAUGAAAAUGCUGCGUAAAAUUGAAAAAACAGUUUCUAAGGAAAUCCCACUGAACCAUCAUGUUUGUGCCAAUAUUAUUGGAUUUGGUGGAAAAUCCAUUCAUAAAAUUAUGGAACAAUUCCAAGUAGAUAUCCGUGUACCUUCAAAAGUAACCCGUACUAAUUCUAGCAUCAUUGUGAGUGGAUCAUCUUGUAAUGUACAGGACGCAAUUAACUAUAUCUUGACUCUUGAGAAGCAUUUCCUGUCUGUUGGAAAGUAUGAACCUCCACUGGAGCAUGUUAAGCAUGGUGGUACUGGCCACAUAGCUGCAGAAACAUCUAAGACUUUUCAGAAAAGAAAUGCUCUUCGUAAUGCAAAAUCCACUUCCCAUCCUCCACGUGUGGACAAUUCUGAAGAUUUUCCCAAAAUGAAACAUCAAGUGCCUCCUAAACCUCAUCCUUGGAGACCAUAA